GUCUGAUGGAGUGGCAAAGUGACUGGGAGAGGUUUCCUCCUUAUAAAGAGGGCCUUCGAGGUAUACGCAAGCUCAUAAAUGCAAGUCCGAGGUUCUAUCAGGAGAGACUGUUUGCACCGAGGGUGGUGUCGUCAUCCCCCGGGGAUUGUAGCCUGUUGUAACAUUGCUAUACCAUUUUCUAUCGGACCAUAGUAUCACGUUGCGUCCGGUAUGAGGUUUCCCGGAAACUGCUUGGACGACUGUGAGAUGGACCAGAAGCCGUGGACUGGACUUAUACUAGUUCUGCAGGCCCAAAUAAGC